UUCUGCUCAGUCUCACCAACUCUCUCAGUUUCAUGUAUAUCUAAGCAUCACCAACAUAUCUUCUCAAUCAGUUUGAGAGUAUUUCCACCCCUCAUUUCUUACCUCACUCCCUUUGUUACUUUUCGCCCUCCAUUUUCUUCACCAAACCUCUUUAACCUCUCUCUCUCUAGGACAAGGAGGACUGGAAGGAGGAGGCCCAUUUAUUCAAACAUUUGUGCCAAAGUACUCUCUCUACCUGUUCUUUCUGGUGUCCUCACCAAGUUAGUUCUUCAAGGCUAAAGCAGCUCAGCAUUUAAUAUUGUUCUAUUUUAAGAGCAUAUUUUCACUCCCAUCAGAAAACAAAGGAAUAUAAUUUAUGGUGUUGUUGGAUUCAUGGGGUCUCAUAUUUCUUCCACUUCUCAUUGGGGCUUCUCACAUUUAUUGCAAUUGUUCUGUUAGCAUCAAUGGAAUGUCGGUAAUAUAUUUCUAGAGAGAGAAAGAAAGAAAAUUUAAGGCACAGCCAACAAACUGCUGCUGCUCUCUCUCCCUGCAGCCUGUAAUGGAGAGGCUUCUUCAAGGACCCAUUAAUCCCUGUCAGUUCUUUGGUGAGCAUUUGGAUUUUCCGUUCGAGCAAAGUUUGAAUUUCACCACAGAAAGCUUGAGAUUUGAGGAGGAAGAAGAAUCCCACAACCACCACCUCUCAUUGCCAAGCUUGGAUGACAGAAUGCCAUUUCUCCAGAUGCUACAAAGUGUUGAUUCCUCCACCACCACCACCACACCUUAUUUUCCUUUGAAAGAGCCAAGCUUUCAAGCACUUUUGAAACUCCAACACUUCAAAAAACCAUGGGAGUCGGACAAAAAUUACAUGCCUGAAAUGGAAAUCCCAAUUCAGAAAGCUCUGGAGCUUGAGAGCUGUGUGACCCAUGAAAUGGUUGAGCUGCAACAUUCACCUGUUAAAUCAGAAGGGAAAGACUCUCAUCUCCACCAUUCUAUUUCUGAGUGCAACCAAGGGGAAGAAAAACCCAGCUCAGUUGCUGGGUCUCCACCACCACCUACCUGGAUUCAGGUACAAAAUGGUGCUGAGAAAACCCAGCAACCCAAAUUUACUCCGGCCACCAGGGAGAGGAGAAAGCGGAAGAGAACAAGGCCAACCAAGAACAAGGAAGAAGUGGAGAGCCAGCGGAUGACCCACAUUGCGGUGGAGCGCAACCGCCGCCGCCAGAUGAAUGACCAUCUCAAUGUCCUCAGGUCCCUCAUGCCCACCUCCUACAUUCAAAGGGGUGACCAAGCAUCAAUUGUUGGGGGUGCAAUAGAUUUUGUGAAGGAAUUGGAGCAGCUACUUCAUUCCCUUGAAGCCCAAAAGAGAAUGAGAAAAGCAGCUGAUCAAAUUCAAGGGAUGAGCAAUAAUGGUGACAACAACAGCUCUUUCAGCUCCUCAUCAGCAUCCUCCUCUUCUCCCUGCAGCAUGGCAAUGCCAUCCAAUGGAAUGUUCAUGACUCUCUCCCAAUGCAGAAUUGGGUUUCAUGAUCAAGAAAGCACCACCGCCACCGCCGCCCCCGCCACCUUCGACGAUGAAGGCACUGCUCAGAACAAGUCUGAGGCUGCAGACAUAGAUGUCACUGUGAUCCAAUCCCAUGUCAACUUAAAAGUGAAGUGCCAAAGGAGAGCUGGACAGCUGAUGAAAGCCAUUGUUGCACUGGAAGAUCGUCGGCUAACUGUUUUGCACCUCAACAUUACAUCAUCACAAGACACUGUUCUUUACUCUUUCAAUCUCGAGAUAGAAGAAGGUUGUAAUUUAGGAUCAGCAGAUGAAAUUGCAAAAGCAGUACAUCAAAUAUUCAGCUUCAUCAAUGGCAGCAGUUGAUUUGUUCAGUGAGUCAGAGGAUGCUCCAGAAAGCAGCUAACUUUCAUUUCAGUUCUUAGACAGAGUAGGGAGAAAUGUAAGGUCUUUCACUCUUUUGAGAUAUUUGGAAGAUGGGGGAGCAGAAAAAAUGGCACCUAUGCUUUUUACAUUGCUUCCACCUCCUAGCAUGUAAAUUUGUGACUUGUGUGUGACAAGGCAGAUUAUGUUUACUGAUUGUUUCUUAAA